GGGGCGUAACUCUUACUACUCGAUUGAACAAGAUGCAAGGUCUUGGUAUCUUUGGGAAAAAGUCCAGUGACGGGUUCAAGUCUGCAUGUAAAAGAUGUGGCUAUGCUGGUCACCUGACAUUCCAGUGCCGUAACUUUGUGAAAGCAGAUCCAAAUAAGGAUGUUGUGCUAGAUGUUAGCAGUACAAGCUCCGAGUCGAGUGAGGAGGAGUUUGUCUCCCCGCUUGUCAAACUCAGGGAAGAUGAAGGUGUUCGAAGAGAGAAGGAAAAAAAUAAAGACAGGAAGAAAAAGAAACAUAAAAGGGACAGAUCAAGAUCACCAUUGAAAAAGAAGUCACACAGGAAGAAGAAAAAGAAACAUAAACAUAAAGACAGCUCAGAUGACUCAGAUAUUACAGACAGCGAAAGUGAGGAUAUAGAAUCAGAUAAUAAAUCUCACAAGAAAAAAAGAAAGAAGAAAAAGAAGCAUAAACAUAAAGACAGUUCAAACGACUCAGAUAUUUCAGACAGUGAAAGUGACACUGAAUCUAGUGAUGAUGAAUACAAAAGAAAGAAGAGAAAAAAGAGAAAGCACAAAAGGAAAAAACGGAAACACAAAAAGCACAUGUCUGGCGAUGAAUCGGAUAGUGAAAGUUGAUGUCUAAAUGGAGCAGAUGACAUUUUGUCAUAAUAUUCAAAUAUGAACGUUAGAGAAGGCUAUCUACAUGUAAUAUGAAAUUGAUGUGAAAUAAAAGUGUUCAAAAUAAA